CAACUGUCGUUUGCCAGGGCUUCAAAAGUCAAGGGAUUUUGACUUUGACAGAACCGUCCAGAAAGUUUAUAAACACCCAAACGCUGGUUUUAAUCACUGCAAAUUGAUACAAAAUUUCCUUAUUUGGGACUUUACACUACCUUUUUUAUCAAUAAGAGUAAUUAAACAGCCUCGCCAAGAUGUCUUAUAUGUUAGCGCAUUUGCACAAUGGCUGGCAGGUCGACCAAGCCAUACUCUCGGAGGAAGACAGAGUGGUGGUGAUUCGGUUUGGCCAUGAUUGGGACCCCUCGUGCAUGAAAAUGGACGAAGUGCUUUACAGCAUCGCGGAAAAAGUGAAAAACUUCGCAGUGAUAUACCUGGUGGACAUUACUGAAGUGCCAGACUUUAACAAAAUGUACGAAUUGUACGAUCCUUGUACGGUAAUGUUCUUCUUUAGAAACAAGCAUAUCAUGAUCGAUCUGGGCACUGGUAACAACAACAAAAUCAACUGGCCCCUAGAAGACAAACAGGAGAUGAUUGAUAUUAUAGAGACUGUAUACAGGGGAGCUAGAAAAGGAAGAGGUCUUGUGGUUUCUCCUAAGGAUUAUUCUACCAAAUAUCGUUAUUAAAGAUGUAUUUUGCAGCAUAUGGUUGCAUGUAACAGAAUAUUCGCAGACCGAAAAUCUUCGAGAAAGGAUUGCGUUAUAAUUCACACACUGAAAAAUAAUGUGAUAUGUAAUUUUUUUUAGGGAGCUGUUAAUAAAGAUAAACAAAGAGAUUUAAGAG